UUGGGCGCGGGGCGGGGCGGCGCAUGCGCGGUGCCGUCAUUGUGCGCGGUGCCGCCGCCCGGGCGGUGCCGCCAUCGCCAUCAUGCCGAUCAACAGGCCUGAGAAGCUGGACAGGCCUGAGAGCUGUGACAAUGUCAAGGUGGUGGUUCGGUGCCGGCCCCUCAACGAGCGCGAGAAAGCCACGGGCUACAAAAUGGCUGUGAACGUGGAUGAGAUGAGAGGGACCAUAACUGUGCAUAAAACAGACUCCUCCAACGAGCCUCCCAAGACAUUUACAUUUGACACAGUGUUUGGACCAGAGAGUAAACAGCUGGAUGUCUAUAAUUUAACUGCAAGACCUAUCAUUGACUCUGUCCUAGAGGGAUACAAUGGUACUAUUUUUGCAUAUGGGCAGACUGGAACAGGCAAGACUUUCACCAUGGAAGGGGUCCGAGCAGUUCCUGAGCUCAGAGGCAUCAUUCCCAAUUCCUUUGCUCAUAUAUUCGGUCACAUUGCCAAGGCAGAGGGGGACACAAGGUUCUUAGUUCGUGUCUCUUACCUGGAGAUUUACAAUGAGGAGGUGCGGGACCUGCUGGGAAAGGACCAGACACAGAGGUUGGAGGUUAAAGAGAGACCUGAUGUGGGAGUUUAUAUCAAAGACCUCUCAGCUUAUGUCGUAAACAAUGCAGAUGAUAUGGACAGGAUCAUGACUCUGGGCCACAAGAACCGUUCUGUUGGUGCCACAAACAUGAACGAGCACAGCUCUCGCUCCCACGCCAUCUUCACCAUCACCAUCGAGUGCAGCGAGAAGGGCGUGGAUGGCAACAUGCACGUGCGCAUGGGCAAGCUGCACCUCGUGGAUCUGGCUGGCUCUGAAAGACAGACAAAAACUGGAGCCACAGGGCAGCGACUGAAGGAAGCCACCAAGAUCAACCUGUCCCUUUCCACCCUGGGGAAUGUCAUCUCUGCGCUGGUGGAUGGCAAGAGCACCCACGUGCCCUACCGGAAUUCCAAACUGACACGGCUCCUCCAGGACUCCCUGGGGGGCAACUCCAAAACCAUGAUGUGUGCAAACAUCGGCCCGGCAGACUACAACUACGACGAGACCAUCAGCACCCUCAGGUAUGCAAACAGAGCCAAGAACAUCAAGAACAAGGCCAGGAUUAACGAGGAUCCCAAGGAUGCAAUGCUCCGCCAGUUCCAGAAGGAAAUUGAAGAGCUUAAGAAAAAACUGGAGGAAGGGGAAGAGAUAUCUGGUUCUGAGACCAGUGAUUCUGAAGAGGAGGACGAAGAUGACGAUGGGGAGAUUGGAGAGGACGGGGAGAAGCGGAAGAAACGGCGGGGCAGUAGCAGCAGCAGUAGUUCAGACUCCACAUGCUCUGUCAUAGAGAAACCUCUGGAUAAGUCCUUCACUAAUCAAGCAGGCAAAAAGAAAGUUUCCCCUGAUAAGAUGGUAGAGAUGCAAGCAAAGAUUGAAGAGGAGAGAAAAGCUCUUGAAACUAAGCUUGAUAUGGAAGAAGAAGAAAGAAAUAAAGCCAGAGCUGAACUGGAGAAGAGAGAAAAAGACUUGCUUAAAGCUCAGCAGGAGCACCAGUCCCUGCUGGAGAAACUCUCUGCACUGGAGAAGAAGGUUAUCGUGGGAGGAGUGGACUUGCUGGCAAAAGCAGAGGAGCAAGAAAAGCUGCUGGAAGAAUCCAACAUGGAACUGGAGGAACGAAGGAAGAGAGCAGAGCAGCUGCGCAAGGAGCUGGAGGAGAAGGAGCAAGAGCGCUUGGACAUUGAGGAGAAGUACACCAACCUCCAGGAGGAAGCACAGGGGAAAACCAAAAAGCUGAAGAAAGUCUGGACCAUGCUCAUGGCUGCAAAAUCAGAGAUGGCAGAUCUGCAACAAGAGCAUCAGAGGGAGAUCGAAGGGUUGCUGGAGAACAUUCGGCAGCUGAGCAGGGAGCUCCGUCUGCAGAUGCUCAUCAUAGACAACUUCAUUCCUCCGGACUACCAGGAAAUGAUUGAAAACUACGUUCACUGGAACGAAGACAUAGGAGAGUGGCAGCUGAAAUGUGUUGCAUAUACAGGAAACAAUAUGAGGAAACAGACACCCGUCCUGGAUAAAAAAGAGAAAGAUCCCUUUGAAGUGGACCUUUCCCAUGUUUACUUAGCUUACACUGAAGAAAGCUUGAGGCAGUCCCUGAUGAAGCUGGAGAGGCCGAGGACUUCGAAAGGAAGAUCCAGGCCCAAGACGGGUAGAAGAAAACGUUCGGCCAAGCCAGGAGCUGUCAUUGACUCCCUGCUGCAGUAGUGUGACCUGGUCAGAAUUCCUGUAAAAGUCAGUGAGUCUGUAUGGUUUGGCCAGGACAUGGAAUUCAAGAGAUGGCACAGUUUAACAUGGCUAUACUUUUUUAUUUAAAAUAAUGUAUUUUUCCUUAGUUGCCUGUAUAUUGUAUGUUAUAUUAACAUAAUAUUAAACUGGUAUAUAUGAUGGUUGUGAAAUUCCAUGUAUUAAACGUGUUGUGCAGGGAAACUUGUUGGCAGUCCUUGUUGAAAUGUAUAGAAAUAAGGGUUCUAGAUGUGUGUUUAAGUGCUAGACGUGUUAGUUCUAAACAGUUAAUGAAAUCCUAAAACUAAGGCUGGUAGAUCUGACUUAUGCUUUGCACAUAACUGGCAGCUUUCACUGUUGUCCCCUGUUGCACUGAUCUGUGUUUGAAUGUGGUUGCUGCAAACCUUUAAGAGCAUCACAUCUUUUUAUUUAGUAAUUCCUCACUGUGGCUGUUAACCUGAUAGUGUUGUGUGUCAAAUACACAGUCCUCUUUUGCCGUCUCGCUGUACAGAGGAAGUAACUGGAUAGGAAAAACAUGAACUAUAAAAGUCUGAGACAUCUGAGAAGGGACCAUGCUCUGCUGAAGUGGAGCAGAAAUCAAGUGUGUCUAAUAAUGCUUGUAUUUUUAUCAGUUUGUGUGGGAUCUGCUGGCACUGUGGAGAAUGAGACCUUGGAUAUGAAGGCAAAAAGAGCUUUUUUCCUUCUUUUAAGGCUGUGUUGCAGCGUUGCUUUGGCUGCUUCUUGUGCUUGGGGGCUGGAAUUUUAAUACGUGUGUGAGCAGUUUUGUAAUCUGAGCAGCAGAGGGGGUUUCAGGGGUGCUGUAACCCCAGGACUGGGUGGCAGCAGAGGGGCUGUGAGCACUGUGACUCCAGUCUUUCAUCCCUACAAGGCUCUAGGCCAGUGCUCUACACUGAAGGUGAAUUGGACUCCUCUGCAGUCAAACAGAACGAACUGCCCAGUUUUCCCAGAACAGUAACCCCCUGGAACAGCUGCUGUGCUCCUGUGUAGGCUGUGCUGGGUCUCUGGCUGUGCUCUGAUGAGAGGAGAAAAAUUCUGGUCUCUGCUAAUAACCAUUUGUUUGUGAUGGCUGCUCUUUUUCUUUGAUAUUUAUGCUGCUAAUAGACACAUAUCACUUUGAUACAUUGCUUUUGUGUCACAGAGAAAAUGCAUCUCCUUUGGACUGUGGGUGCUUUGUAACUCAUCACAUCAGCUCGUGGGCACCUCAGCAGCUCCUGUGCCAUGAGGGGGGAAGGAACUGUGACCUCCCUGCAAUCUUAGGGUUACCUGGAGGAUGAAAACUGUGAUUGCUGACAGGAGGAGUGGAAUCCUUCAGUGUGACAGAGCACAAGGCAGCUCCUCAGGUGCCCUGAGCCCUUGCUCUGCAGUUACCAGUGUUCUUGUGAAGUACUGAGAGGAGUUCAAAGCCCUUUCUUACUGAUGCUGUGGGGCUCUGUAACAGGUCUGUGACAGGGUCUGUAGUAGUUAAAACUGGUCUUGGAAGGGCAUAUUUUACUCUGAAUUAUAUAUUCAGUGCUAUUCUAAACGAGUUGGAAGUUUUUCCCUGGUUUUUUCAUGUGUUUUUUUGGGAUCAUGACCUAGAAGAACAUACUGCUCUCUUUUGGGGGAGGAGGUGCCAGGUAAGUUCAUACAACAUGCAGAUACAAACACGGGCAUUUGUUUUCUCUAGCCCAGCACCUGGAGGUAAAUGCUCAGUCCUCCUUGCUCUGAGCUGCAGUUGGUCUUGCUUGUGAAGAGCUGGCUGUAUUGUGAACAUGCUUGGAUAGAGUUGGGUUACCUUGUGUUUCAUCCUCAUCAAACAAAACAGACUGAAAUUGCUUCAAUGCUCUUUGAAGUCUCCUGUCAGUUCUGAGUCCAAGCAGAUAAAUGCACAGCUGUGACCUGUCCUGGUUCUCAGGACCAGGGACAAUGUGGAUUUCCUUUUUGUUACAUCUUGUACUAACAUUUACUGAAUGAUCUGUUUUUUGAGGGAGUUUCUCCUGAACUGUGCUUUCAAAAACACAGUUGAAAGUUCUUGUACCUGACAGAGGCUUCAAGAUACCACUGUGGACCAUGGCAUUGCAUUUAAAAUAUUUAAAACUUAACUAUAAGGGCAUAGGCUUUACAGUUAAUGUUACAGUCCUGCUGCUAAAAACAAUAGUACUCUGCAUAUUUAAGUGAGCCUUGAGGCAGAGAAAACAAUAAAUAAUUGCUUGCACACCUUUAAUUGGCAAAUUGGAGAAACUGGUUGUUAUCUCCUGUUACAAAGGCUUGGAGAACAAAUUGUCUGCUCUUUAAGAGGACUUUAUUUAAAGUGGAAUUCUGUCAUGGUCGUGUGCUCUAUCAGCUUGGCUUCCCUUUUAACUGGUGUGUAGAAGUUCUGGGAAGAAGUUUCCUGUAAAACCAAGGAGUCUGGCUGGCAGGUUUACCACUUGGGCCUUCUCUGUAGCCCUGGGCCAUCUGUGAAUGUCUGAUGGGCCCAUAAUGUGUUUUAAUGAGGAAGGGAUUUGGUUUGUAUGGGGUUUUUUAAGAGCUUAAUACAACCAUUGCCAUCCCAGGUCAGUACAUGCUCUAUAGUAUUUAUCAAAACUCAUAUUACAUAAAUUACUGUGUGCUCAUCUUUGCAUCUUGCUACCAGAAGAUUUCCCUCAUUCCAGGACAUUGACUUUAACAUUGAGGUUUCUGCUUUGUGUUGUUUAAUGUUGUGUAAAUUAAUUAUUUCAUAUUUAACUUGUUCCUGAUCCUUUAAGAGGAGGAGAAACGGUCCUUAGUGCCUUUCACUGACUACACUGUCUGCACAUGUCCAGCUUUCACCUUUCUCCACAGUUCUGCUUAGCCAGGCCUGUAUAGAGGGAAAACCUGCUAGUCUGUAGAACUUGUCUUCCUAUUUAUUGGUUUUCUAACGGUUUAUUUUUGAUUAUUCUUUGUGUUUAAAGUUAAUUCAUUAUACUGUAAAUAAUCAGUAUUGUGCCCCUGGAGCAUGUUCAUACCAUGAAAUAAAAUUCUUGGUUCCUA